CACUGAUCCUAUGUUGGCUUUUCUUUUGGCACGCCAGAUAUGUGUAACCGGGUGACGCACAUUUCUAGCUUGCGUACGCUCUGCUCCAGCCGUUUCUCUUCUUCGCUGAAGCGUCGCAAUUUCCAUCUCCAUGGUUGAAUGUACGUUAUGUACUGUCCUCCGUUGAAAAGCUCCCAAAUUUACCUUAAGCAUCUUUGUCUAGCGCGCCACAUUCUUCUCGCUGUUGGCGCUGGUAGUGGACAGCCCCCAAGGCGCUCAAGGAGGCGUGCGCUACUGCUGCACUUCCGGCACAUCACAUCCGAUCUUCAAAGCCAAUUUGGUAGGUGGCUUGCCAAAUUCUUCGGUUCAUCUCUUGUACUACGCCGCGGCUUUUGUAUGCUUAAACGAUAGCAUCGAGCUUCCUUUCUCAC